CAGCAUUACUGGAAACCCCAGUAGAGGAGCAGGCUACCGGUAUUUCUAGCAGUAGCGAACAAGGAACGCGGUUAAGAAGGAACUAGGCUACAAUUUUGCCCACUUCGCCAACAUUAGUAGAAACAACGAUGGCGAUUGGUCAAAUGGAGGGUCAUGCCAACGCGAACGCCGUCGCGGAUGCUGACGGACGUGCCCCGGUGGAUGCCAUCCAAAGUAGCGCCGCCCACCAAGCGGUGGCAGUGGCCAGUGACGAGGGCAUGGAGGACACGGUGGAGUUUCGGGUGAUGAUGGCUUACGCCACCAGGAGGAGGCCUAGGGAGGUGGCCCCACCAGCGGAGGGGGGCACAGAGCCUCAGCAGGGCGUGCCCUCAGGGACCCCCGAGUCCACGGCCAGCCUGAAGGAGAGGAAGAAGAAGAGAAAGAUGAGGAGGUUUCUGAAAAUGUUCGCUUGCGGGAAAGGGCCAAUCGAUCCGGAGGAAGAGGAGCCACGACAGCAGGACAUGGCAGCGAUGUCCAGGGGCCAUGAUGGAGGGGGAGAUGAAGAGAAGAUAAAUGGAGUUGGAGACAGAGAGGGACUGGAGGACGUAGCUAACAGACUGACCAAGAUGGCUGAUGCCAUUAGCUUCACACCUGGAGAUCUGGAAACGGACGGGGAGAAAGAUUCCGUGGAGACACUCGUGGGGUUGUUGUUGAGAGAACACGGGGACAAAUUGAACGACGAGAUUCUGAAGGACAAAUCUCUAGCCAAAGAACUUCUGGGUUCCUAUAGCUUCUUUUCCAAAGUGAUCUCAACCUUCCUCAGAAGGGUCGGGCAUGACCCCGAACCCAGCACUGAAGAACCCAAAACCCAGAUUGCUCUCACGUGUGAGGUGUCCAGUCGCCUGUCAGCACUGGACACGCUCCCUAUGAACCGGGUCCUUGGCUUCGGAGCCAAGUUCCUGAAAGAUCACUACUCCCCCUGGGUCAUGCAGAAGGGUGGAUAUGAGGAAGUGUUUGAGAGCGAGGACGACACUGAUGAGGAAGGGGUCUGAGCGGGGUGCCACCUGAGCCAGCCCUGUGCCAAACUCCACCCCUAACCCCCCCCCCCCCCCCCCCCCCCCCAACCAGCAGGGAACUUAAACUCAGGGUAAACCAGAUGUUGGAGCCAAACUGAAAAGAAGAAAAAAACGUUUUGCACAAGAGACCUUUGAUCGUUGAAAGUGUGUUUGUGAGAUGCAGUUCUUCACUCAGGAGCACGCAACAAAUAAAGGCUCAUUUUAACAGGCUGAUUAAAACCUUGAAUGCAUUAGUCUUGUUUACAGAUGUUUUUUGUUGAGAUUUAGGGAUAAAAUAUA